AGAGCAGCAGCACGAAGAGGAAACCCUGGAAACUUAGCUCUCACUCCCUCCAGAGCCACGCUACCAGGACACGAAGAGGCUGCGACGCACAACGCUCACGGCUUCCUUUACAAACAAAGUCAAGCGUUCAUCGGGAAGUGUCUUUUGACGCCGGCAUGAUGUCCCAGCACGCGGCCUUGACCAGCCUGUUCGGCGAUGACCCUUUCUUCAGCCAGGAGAGGCUGCUGUGGCCGCUGCGUCACGAGGCCCUCUCCUCACUGCAGCAAGACUUCUUCCACCAGAGAGCCAAGCUGGCCGACAGCCUCCUGAGGGAGCUCCACGACGGGCCCCACCUGCUCAAACUUCACCAGUUUCCCCUAAUUUCCUCCACUUUGGCAAGGCUGACUGAUGAUAAAGAGCCGCAGAGAGAGACUCCCAGCAUAGAGCUGCACAAGGAAGCUCAGCAGGCCACAGAAAACAACGCCGACCUGCUGGUGACCCUGGAUGCUCGCGGUUACGCCCCCAGUGACAUCACUGUCAAACUGGAGGGGCGGAGCCUGGCGGUGGUGGCCAUGAAGCAGGCCGGAGCAGAAGAGAGCAAGUCCUGCUCCUCCUCAUCCUCCUGCGCCUCCUUCUGCUCCUCGGCCUCAUCUCAGAGGGGAUUCGCCCAGAAGAUUGACCUGCCUGCUCACCUCGACCUGUCCGGCCUCUCCUGUUCCCUGAUGGAUGAUGGACAGCUGCGCAUCCACGCCCCUGUGGCCAAGCAGCCAAUCGGUGAGGAACGCCAGGUGCCCAUUCGCUUCAGGACAUCGCUGGAGUUUCCCAUUUCCAAGGACAAGGCAGAGGAGGAACACACAGACUAAAGCACACACUCCACACACAGUGUCUGAAUGAAAUCACAUUUUUAAUAAAGAAGUAUACAUGCUUUUAUGCCCACACACACGCAAACACACACACACACACACACACACACACACUUCCACUAAAAGACUGUCUACAAAGAGUAAAGUUUACUAUUAAAAAAUGAAGAGAAUAUCUAUUUUAUAAUUAUUUGCAAUUUGUAUAAACUGUUGAAAUAAAGUGUUUGAUUUUCAGGGAUUUACUAAAUAAAGAGAUAACUACC